UCCGUAGAAGAAGGAGGGGGUGUGUUGUUAGCCUGUGAGCUUGUGUUAGCAUGUGAGCUAACUCCACUACUUUCACUUUCUGACGGACGGCAGUAAACCCGCUCCAUGAUGAGAGGGCUUCCUGGAAAUCGAAACUAAUAUCCGCCUCAGUCGUCUUCGUCCUUCGUAAGACCGCAGAUGUAGAUAUUUAACACUCAUUUUCUGCUUAUAUUGACAACUUUUAACCGUUAAGAUUUAGCUGUUUAAACGCGUUAUUCCGCCAGCUAGCUUUAGCGGCUAACCGCUAGCAUGGAAGGAAGCAUGAAGAGCAACGAGGAAAAAGGAGCAGAGAAACUAAUGGAUGAUUAUCUGAAGUCUAUCGGUCUGCAUCGGAAGAAAAUCGCCAAGGACGGGUCGUGUUUGUUUCGGGCUGUCGCCGAGCAGGUGCUUCAUUGCCAAAGUCUUCACACUAAAGUCCGGGCGAAGUGUGUUGAGUUCCUGAAGGAAAACAGAGAGAGCUACGAGGCCUUCAUUGAAGGAGACUUUGAGGAAUACCUCUUCAAGCUUCAGGACCCACAGCAAUGGGUGGGCGAGGUGGAGAUCAACGCUCUGGCUGUCAUGUACAAGAGAGAUUUUAUGAUCUUCCAGGAGCCGGGCAAACAGGCGGUCAACAUCACAGACAACAACUUCAAGGACAAGGUGCGGUUGUGUUUCCUGAACGGGAAUCACUACGACAGCGUGUAUCCCAUCAGACAGAUCAAGGACUCUGCUCUCUGCCAGUCCAUCCUGUACGAGCUCCUGUACGACGAUGUGUUCAAUGUGGACAGAGGCUCUCUGGGGUCUUGUAAUCGAGGCGGCAGAUCUUCAGACAUUCUGAGCGACGACAUCAUUAAACUGUGUGCGAGCAGCGACGAGUCGGAGCCCGACACCGGGGAGGAGCUCUGGGUAGAGAAUGGAACGAGCACAACGGCUCCCAGACACAGGGGCCGUGGGCGAGGCCGUCAGCAGCUGCCUGAGCGCGUGAGGCGUUCACUGAACCCCACUCUCUUCAGGAAUGUAGACUACGACAUCUGGCACAAGACCAAGAGAGCUCAACAGAAGAGGGAUUACUGCAUCGCUGCCGGGAUGCAGUUCACUUCAGGAGACCGCUGCCAGGUUCGUCUGGAGACAGGUGGGCGGAGCUACAACGCGACCAUUAAAGAAGUUCCUCCCAACAACGACAAAGUGACGGUUCACAUCGAAGAGCUGGGACUCAGGAAACAGGUUCCUCUGAUGUCUCUGCGGCCCUUUGAGGAGAACAGCUGGAGCACCGUGGUGAACCGAGACAAGAGACUGAGCAACGGACACGGAGAUUGGGAGGAGCGGGGGAGAGGCAGAGGGAGAGGCAAACAUCUCCCAGCAGCCCCCUCCUCUUCUUCUUCUUCUUCUUCUUCUUCUGCUGUUUCCCAGACGACGGCACCGGGCCCCAUCGGGCGUGUGUUAAAGCAAAACUCAUGGCCCCCGCAGGCCACCGUAGACGAGAGCAAGGCUGCAAGGAAGUCGGUGAGCUCGCUGGAGGCGGCGUUCGGUCUGACGGAGACGCAGCGGUUGGCUCGAGAGGAAGAGGAGAGGAACGUGGCGUUAGUGGAGAUUCAGCUGAGAGACGAACACAGCUUCCCGGCACUGGGGGCUCAGGCGUCGGCUGAUGGAGGGAAGAAGAAGGGAGUCGAGAGGAAGAGAUAUCAGAGGACCAACACGAAGAGUCCUGUGGAAGACGUUGCUGGAGAACGACCCAAAUCCACCACUCCUCCUUUAGCAUCUCCUUCUACAAAUACUACUACUUCAAAUACUUCUACACCCUCUGCUGACCCAAACCCUCCAGCCCGGCUCGGCUCCAUCAAGGCUUCAACGCCCCAUUUAAAGAUGGCCGCCACGGAGAAAACAACCACUUCCUGUGUUGAGAAAACUGAGAAAACAACCUCCCCCUCUCCUCCCUCCGUCCCCUCCUCUGCCACCCUCUUCCUCCCCCCUUCUCUCCCCUCCUCUGCCACCCUCUUCCUCCCCCCUUCUCUCCCUUCUGCCUCCCCCUCCAUCCUUUCCUCACCUCCUAAACCCUCCUCCCUUCCUCUACCUCCUCCCACCUUCAUCGCUCCCAUCGCUCCCAGUCCUCCCUCCUUCUUCUCCCCCUCUCUCCCCCAUCAGGCUGCAAACGAUGCUCCAUCAGCUUCAGCUCAAAAUUCUCUUCCAAAUCUCGGAGGGCUCCUGAACGCAUCACAGAUCCUCCCCCGAACCCAGACUUCUCUCCCCCAGACUUCUCUCCCCCAAACCCAGACUUCUCUCCCCCAAACCCAGACUUCUUCUCUCCCCCAAACUCAGACUUCUCUCCCCCAAACCCAGACUUCUCUCCCCCGAACUCAGACUUCUUCUCUCCCCCAAACCCAGACUUCUUCUCUCCCCCAAACCCAGACUUCUUCUCUCCCCCAAACCCAGACUUCUUCUCUCCCCCAAACCCAGACUUCUUCUCUCCCCCAAACCCAGACUUCUUCUCUCCCCCAAAACCAGACUUCUCUCCCCCAAACUCAGACUUCUCUCCCCCAAACUUCUCUCCCCCAAACUCAGACUUCUCUCCCCCGAACCCAGACUUCUUCCUUCCCCCAAACCCUCCAGUAUCUCCCCCAAACCCAAACUUCUCUCCCAGAAACUCAGACUUCUCUCCCCCAAACCCUCCAGUAUCUCCCCCAAACCCAGACUUCUCUCCCAGAAACUCAGACUUCUCUCCCCCAAACCCUCCAGUAUCUCCCCCAAACCCAGACUUCUCUCCCAGAAACUCAGACUUCUCUCCCCCAAACCCUCCAGUAUCUCCCCCAAACCCAAACUUCUCUCCCAGAAACUCAGACUUCUCUCCCCCAAACCCUCCAGUAUCUCCCCCAAACCCAGACUUCUCUCCCCCAAACCCUCCAGUAUCUCCCCAGCUCCCAGUCUGAUCUCUCCCAGUCCCUGUCCUCUCUCCCUCCCAUUAUCUCCCACACCCCACUUCCUGUCUCUUCCUCUCUCACCCAUCCUCACCCCUCUCUCUCUACCUCCCAGAAUCCACCCCAUCCCUCUCACCUUCCUCACCCUUUUCCUCACCCCCAGCUUCACUCUUUUCCUCCUCAGUCUCACCCAGAGUCUCUUUCUCCCCCUCCUCCCCCCUCCCAUUACUCCCAGUCUCACUCUGACUCUCACCCCUCUCCUCUUGCUCCUUUUUCUCACCCAAAUCUUCCUCACCCUCCCACCCAAACGCACUCUCCUUCUCCCUCUCCUCACCCCUUUCCUCACCCCUCCCAUUACUCCCAGUCUGCACCUUCUCUCUCCCUCACCCAGUUUCACCCAGAGUCUCUUUCUCAUACUAUCUCUCACCCUCCUCCCCCCUCCCAUUACUCCCAGUCUCACUCAGACUCUCACCCUUCUCUCCCUCCCUCUCAAACUCACUCUCCGUCUCCCUCUCCUCACUCCUUUCCUCCCCCCUCCCAUUACUCCCAGUCUCACUCAGACUCUCACCCCUUUUCUCACCCUCAACCUUCUCUCCUUCCCUCCCAGUCUCACCCCUCUCCCCCUCCUCAUCCCUCCCAGUACUUCCAGUCUCACUUAGACUCUCACCCACAACCUUCUCUCCCUCCCUCCCAAACUCACUCUCCCUCUCCUCACCCACAUCUUCCUCACCCCUCCCAGUACUUCCAGCCUCAUUCAGACUCUCCUCUUGCUCCCUUUUCUCACCCACAAGCUUCUCUCCCUUUCUCCCAAACUCCCUUUCCUCACCCCCAGCUUCACUCUUUACCUCCUCAUUCUCACCCAGAGUCUCCUUCUCAUAUUGUCUCUCACCCCUCUUCUCAAACUCCCCCUCCUCACCCUCAUCUUCCUCCCCCUCCCUCCCAGUCUCACCCAGACUCCUCUCUCCCUCCCGCUCCUCACCCCUUCCAGUACUCCCAUAUCUACGAGGACCCUCUGUACCCCGGCUUCCCCGAGGGGGAGACGGGAGAUCCGGCUCCGACUCCCCCCCUCUCCUCCAGCAGAACGGGGGAGGAUCUUCCUAAAGAUGUCAACAUCCUGAAGUUUUUCUUCAACUUGGGCAUCAAGGCCUACUCCCACCCCCUGUGCCCCCCCUACUUAUACCUCCUUCCCCUUCAACAAACCUACCAGCUGAACCCCAAACCUCCCUCCCCCUCCCCCUCUCCUCCCCCCCAGUUCCCCCCCUCCAGACCCCAGGAAACCUACCCUCUUCAGCCUCCCUUUCCUCCCUCUCCAGCCUCCAUUCCCCCUCCCCAACACCAACAACAACAAUGGCAACAACACCAGGUUCCCCUACCCAGAAACCCCAGCUUCACGCACGCUUAUCCCCCCCAGAAUGCAUCAUAUCGGGGUCAGGGUUACCCCCAACCCUACCCUCCGUACCCCCCCUCCUCUCACCAGACCCCCCCAUCGGAGGAGCUCCAGGGGGUCACAGAGCAGCGUCAACCCACAAACGGAGACAAAAUCCAGGGCCAGGGUCCGUGCCGAGUCCCUGCUCCUCUGGAGGGUCCGGCUGCUGCUAACGUGGCUAAUGCUAACCCCAACAUACAAGUGGUGGUUUCUGGAUAUGGCCAUAAGAAGGACCGUGGAGACAGUCUGCAGCGAGCCGUGCUGCUGGUGGACCCCCCCCCUCAACAACAACCCUAUAAUGAAGUUGCUCUCGAACCCCGACGGCUCCAGAAACCCCGGCUCUCCGUCGCACUUUGACAUCUCCAAGACGACGAUCACCGGGGACAACGUCAACACGCCCCGCAGUUACCACGGCAACAGGAAGUGGCCCUAUGGAGUCGUGGGUUCCAGUGGACGCCCGACGACCGUUGCCAUGGCGGAGUCUCUUUCGGUUGGCUGCAGCACCGAGGACCAAUGGGGGGAGGUGGCAUUUAAACCCCAGACCUUAAACCACAGGGGGCGAGGGAGAAGUUGGAGAGGGGGGAGAGGAAGGGGGGGCCAUGACUCAGGGAGGGGGGCGCAACGACGGAGACAAGGAGGCGUUGUGGGGGCGGGGUUUGACUAUGUUCAGUUUAACUCCUCCCACAUGGGGCGGGGCCAACAAUAGUUCUCAGCCAAUCAGAGGACAGGACACUGGACAUUCUUUUUCUUUUUCCCCCGUCUUUUCAGAGCCAUGCUAGCUGUUUCCACCUGUUUCAAGUCUUUGUGCUAAGCUAAGUUAGAUAAGGAUGCGUGGCCGGGAGAGAAGAUACUGGUUCUCAGCCAACCAGAGUACAGGAUACUAGUUCUCAGCCUAUCAGAGGACAGGACACUGGACAUUCUUAUUUUUUUUAAUAUUUUUUUUUCUGAGUAUCCAACUGUUUCCAGUCUUUGUGCAAAGCUAAGCUAGAUAAUGAUGCGUGGCGGAGGCGGGGUUUGACUAUGUUCCGUUUAGCUCCUCCCGCAGGGGGCGGGGCUUGGAUAGAGGUUACUAGUUUUCAGCCAAUCGGACGACAGUACUCUGGAUAUUCUCCUUUUCUUUUCAGGCUAGCUGUUCCCAGUCUUUGUGCUAAGCUAACCCUCUUUUUGUUAUAGCUUCACAGCUUUAUCUUUCUACAAACGGCUGAUCGCUAUCUGUUAUAGUGCCUCGUACAACUUUAAACAAUAAUUCAGCUAAAAGCAUAAACCAAGUUUAGCGUUGCACUUCUGCUGGAAGCAAAGAGAAGCUUUAAAAGGCCUCAUCAAAUCCCUCAGGACUCGGGUUAGAAGAGUCGGACAAAUACAAGCUCUGCGGACUUUCUUUAAAUGUUGUUUUAAUCGUCCGUUUGUCUCGUUGAUGCGGGUUUCCAUUUGUCUUGUUUUUCGGUUUAUUUUUCUUUCUCAUGAUAAAUUCUAAACACUCAGUAGAGAUUUAGUGCCUUACGUUUGCUGCUUUUUAUCGUCUGUCUAUCUUCAGUUUCAGAAGCACUGACGUACCGAACAAAAGGCUGUUGUUGUCUGUGCUGGAUUUUUCUAUGCGGUUAAAUAAAUGAUUAAAAGUU